AUGCCAGGAGCUUCCUGCUUAUUUUUUGGCGUUGUAUACCCUUUCGAGAUGUCGUCCGGUGUUGAUCAAUCCGUAUCCGCAAGUUCAUUUAAGGAUAUCGGAGGGGCUAUCAAAAAAGAGCCGUUGUCUCAUGGUUCGGGACUCAAUCUUGAGGGGACUAUCAAAGAAGGGCCUUUUUGGAACCAAGGUGGAAACAUGCAUCGCUCCCAAGCUGCUGCAAUUCUUCAGAAGAUUGAUGCAUACGACAAGAAGCUACGCGAGGAGAGUGCAGCCACACGAAGACGCCUUUAUCGGCAAAUUGGACAAAAUCAGGACACAAUCACAAUGUUAGAGCAGAAGCUGCACAACUUGCAAUUCAUCGAAGUCAUCGAUUUGACGGGGAAU